AAGUAAACCCUUUUUCCAACAAGCUACCAACUGAAGCUCCACCACCCUUAUGGCCACCGCCACCGUCACCCUUAUGGCAAUCGCCACCGCCACUGCCACCAUCUCCACCACCAACAGGUAAGUGAGAUCUUUACGGAAUUGUUAGUCACUUCUAUUUCUAACCUCUCCUGUCUUUCAGAUUUUAAAUUCCAUGUUGGUCGAACAAUAAGGUUAUUGUAUGGGUUCAAAUCUGGACGACCACGGCCCAUCUCAAGUACUUCCACUUCUGAAAGAAGACACCGCUCGAGUCGUACUCUUUUUCCCUCUCCCGGGUUUUGUCCCAAUCGGGUUUUCUCGGGGAGGUUUUUAAUGAGGCGACGAGGGGGACAUCUCUGAGGUUCGAAGUAUUGUUCAUUGCCCCGCCUACCAAUUACAUCUCUAGGCCGAACAAUGAAGGGACUAGUAACUGCUCGAACUGUCAUCAUUACUGUUGUGCCCACUGUCACGGUUGUUAUUCUUAUUGUUUGUACUUUUGUCAUCUUGAGGAAGAGGCAAAAGAGGAAGCACCUGCUGAACCCAAUUGAGAGCAUACAUGGGGAUGAUACUACUACUGCAGAAUCCUUGCAAUAUGAUUUUUCUGCAAUUCAAGCAGCAACAGAUAACUUCUCAAAUGCAAAUAAGUUGGGACAAGGCGGAUUUGGUCCUGUGUACAAGGGUAAGCUUCCAAAUGGACAAGAAGUAGCGGUAAAAAGAUUGUCAGUAGGUUCAGGCCAAGGUGAUCUAGAAUUCAAAAACGAGGUGCUGCUGGUUGCCAGGCUUCAACACAGGAAUUUGGUUAGGCUGCGAGGAUUUUGUCUAGAUGGAACAGAGAGACUUCUUGUCUAUGAAUUUGUUCCUAAUGCAAGCCUUGACCAUUUUUUAUUUGAUUCGGUUAAACGUAGGCAACUGGAUUGGGAAAAGCGAUACAAAAUCAUAGGAGGCAUUGCUAAGGGAAUUCUUUAUCUUCAUGAGGAUUCUAGACUUCGUAUCAUUCAUCGUGAUCUCAAAGCUAGUAACGUUCUACUAGAUGCAGAUAUGAAUCCUAAAAUCUCAGACUUUGGCAUGGCAAGGCUAUUCACAUUGGAUGAAACUCAAGGCAACACAAGCAGAAUCGUUGGGACCUAUGGAUAUAUGGCACCAGAGUACGCAAUGCACGGACAAUUUUCAGUCAAAUCAGAUGUUUUUAGCUUUGGAGUACUAGUCCUAGAAAUUUUAAGUGGCCAAAGAAACACUCGUUUCAGAAAUGGAGAAUCUGUGGAAGACCUUCUGAGCUAUGCUUGGACAAACUGGCGUGAAGGAACAUCUUCAAAUUUGAUAGACCCCAUAUUGAGGGGAAGCUCAGGAAUAGUUCGUGAUAUAACGAGAUGCAUCCACAUAGCUUUAUUGUGUGUUCAAGAAAAUGCUGCAGAUAGACCAACUAUGGCUGCAGUAGUUCUCAUGCUCAGUAGCCUCUCUCUGAGCCUUCCAGUGCCUUCAGGGCCUGCAUACUCUAUGCACAAUGUUGGUAACCCGGAGAAUUCACUUAUUCAAGAAUACAAUUCAAGAAUGUCCCGUUCAUCACAAAAUGAGGUGUCGAUAACUGAGUUAUAUCCAAGAUAAUAGUCUUGUAUUCAAUUGCCUUUCGUUUAAUUAUGAGAUGCAUUAUGUGUGGAGGCAGCUGUCAACGAUAAACGAGAAACUUGAAUUGAAGCCUCAGAGAUCCAAACCUACAUGCUCUUGUGAUUUGCCCCCUUUCCCCCUCCUAGUCUAGCGCUAGUGCCUACGCUGAAAAUGGAGAUAAUUUUAUGCAUGGUCAUUGAACUUUUGUGUUUGUUACCCAAAA